AUGGCCAAGUAUAUAUUGCGGAAGGCUGAACCCAUGGACGUCUCUGAUAUACUGCGACUCAUAAAGGAACUUGCAAAAUACGAAGACAUGGAGGAUAAAGUGGUCUUGACGGAGAAAGAACUGCUUGAAGAUGGUUUCGGUGAACACCCGUUCUACCACUGUAUGGUUGCAGAGGUGUCCACAGAGCUUCAGACCCCUGAGGGUCACACUGUUGUUGGAUUUGUCAUGUAUUAUUUUACAUAUGACCCUUGGAUUGGAAAACUCUUGUACCUUGAAGACUUUUAUGUCAUGAAAUAUAUGACAUGGAAUGGAAAUGGAAAUGGAAAUGGAAUAUGUUCUAAUCUGUUUGUGUUUAUUCCAUAG